AUGCUUUUCUACAAAUCUCUUUUGUGUCUAUUGCCAAUGGCUGUUCUUGCUGACCAAUCUCUUGAAGUUGAUUCCUCAUCCUUCUCCUCAGAAACCGUGGCUUCAGGCUCAUACAUCACAGGCUCGAUCUCGUCGGUGUCGUAUGCCAUCAACACUAACACCUUGGUGAUCAGUUACAGUACUUCUGGGAGUGAAAUCGUCGCUGCUUCAGGAACUACAGUUAGUAAAUCCAAGAAUGAAGGGAACCCACAAUUCGUUGGUGGUGCCAUGGCCGGGAUGGGUGUUUUGGCUGGCAUUUUGUUUUUAUGA